ACUCUUGAGCUAUAUUUGGUUGGAAAGUCAUCGUCCCAGAUCCAACUCAUCCAACUCAAAACUAAUAAAAAAAAUCCAAAGCAGUCAACCUCCUCUCCUCUUCUUUUCUUGUAAUGCAAACCAUGGCGUCAUCAGAAGGAAGGUGGAGCUGAGGCCAGAUGAGCUUGGGUUUCCUCAGCUAUGGAGGUUAGAACUUCAGCUAAACACAUCUCUGCAAGGUUUUUUCCCCUCCUCGUCAGAAUCUCGUCAGACUGUAUUGGAUCUACAUAGGUUGCAUUUUCUUAACUCCAGCAUUGUCUUGGAGAUAAAAUAAAGAGGAGAAAAAUGAGGAUGAGGAACAAACCAAGGAAACCAACUGCUUUCCGUUGCAAUGCAGGAAGCAGAUGCUCGUUAUCUGCUGUUGUCUGGGGACUGGUGGCCUGCAUUCUUAUGCUUCAUUUUUACUCCCUUGUACGUCACAAGGAUGGUGUAGGAGCAGAUACCCAGGUUCGUUUAAAACAACUCCCACUGACCCGAGAACUUGAAGAGGUUGAGGAGGAGAGUUUCCAGAUUCCACCACCGAGAGGCAGGCGGUCUCCACGUGCGGCAAAGCGGAGGCCGCAGAGGCGGUUUAAUUCACUAAUUGAUGAAUUUCUUGAUGAGACUUCCCCAUUGAGGCACUUGUUCUUCCCCGAUCAGAAAACCGUGAUAAACCCAACAAAGGAAACAGGUAAUGAUAGCCUCUAUUUCUAUCCGGGGAAGAUUUGGCUGGAUACAGAUGGAAAUCCUAUUCAAGCCCAUGGAGGAGGAAUCUUGUAUGUUGAGAGAUCAGGAACAUACUAUUGGUAUGGAGAGAACAAAGAUGGGCCAACUUAUCAUGCUCACAAAAAAGGAGCUGCACGGGUUGACAUAGUUGGUGUGAGUUGCUACUCGUCCAAGGAUUUAUGGACAUGGAAAAAUGAGGGCAUUGUUCUGGCAGGAGAAGAAAAUGAGACCCAUGAGCUUCACAAAUCAAAUGUGCUUGAGAGGCCAAAGGUGAUUUAUAAUGAUAAGACACGGAAGUAUGUGAUGUGGAUGCAUAUUGAUGAUGCUAACUAUACCAAAGCUUCUGUGGGAGUUGCCAUCAGCGAUCACCCCGUGGGGCCCUUUGAGUAUCUCUACAGCAAACAGCCCCAUGGAUUUGACAGCAGGGACAUGACAAUCUUCAAAGAUGAUGAUGGUAUGGCCUACCUCGUCUACUCCUCGGAGGACAACAGUGAACUUCAUAUUGGGCCCCUAACAGAUGACUAUCUCGAUAUCACCCAAGUGAUGAGAAGGAUUCUGGUUGGGCAACACAGGGAAGCACCUGCUCUAUUCAAGCAUGAUGGAACAUAUUACAUGAUAACAUCAGGUUGCACAGGCUGGGCCCCGAAUGAGGCGCUUGCGCAUGCAGCAGAAUCAAUCCUUGGCCCAUGGGAGACUAUGGGAAACCCUUGUAUAGGUGGGAACAAGGUCCUGAGGCAGACGACAUUCUUUGCUCAGAGCACAUUUGUUCUCCCACUUCCGGGGCUUCCAGGUUCAUUUAUCUUUAUGGCUGACCGAUGGAAUUCUGCUGAUUUGAGGGACUCAAGGUAUGCGUGGUUGCCUCUAGCGGUUGGUGGAGCAGCUGACCAGCCUCUAGAAUACAAUUUUGGAUUCCCUUUGUGGGCAAGAGCGUCAAUAUAUUGGCACAGAAGAUGGCGACUACCAGAUGAGUGGAGGCGUUGGCAGUGAUUGGGAAUUUUAAGGUUUUUUUUCCCUGGAAAAGAGAGGA